AUGGUCAAGAAGCUCGUCGCGCUUGGCGUGGUGCUGGCGUUGCUGGCGCUGCUGGAGCCGGCGGCCGCCGGCGUCAAGUUCACCAACGAGGACCUCAAGUCCGAGGAGUCCCUGUGGCACCUCUACGAGCGAUGGGGCGGGUGCUACAACGUGACGCGCCACCCGUCGACAAGCUGCGCCGCAGCAGGCCAGGCGCCAGGGCUGAACGGCUUCGCCGACCUCACCAACGACGAGUUCAACCGCUACUACAAGUGCAACAUGCUGGAGGCCGGCGCUCGGCGCACUCUGCCCAUGAGGAGGCGUGGUGACGGGUCCCUCCCUCUCCCCAUCUACAUCGACUGGCGCAUUAAGAGCUGUGGCACAUGCCCGUGCCUCAGUCCGGUCAAGUCCCAGGGCGUCUGCGGCUCCUGCUGGGCAUUCACCGCGACGGGGGCGAUGGAGAGCCACUACGCCAUCCAAGGGGCCAAGGACAACCGGGGCCUGGUUGACCUGUCGGAGCAGGAGCUCGUCGACUGCGACACCCACAGCAUCGGCUGCAAACGUGGGGGUUGGUUCGAAGCCGUGAAAAUCGCCUUCAGACCCAUUUUCAGCCAAGAAACGCUGGAGUACCUCCUCGACACCCGUGAUGUUGAGAUGGAAGGAUAA